UUUUUUAUCUUGGCAUUUAUUUUUUCAUAUUUUUAGAGACUUCUUCAGUAUUGUGAGCUCUACUGAUUUUAUGGCAAGUUAUGAAAGAACUGUGACUCAUCUUGCUGCUGCAAUGGUUGCCAAAGAGAUGAUAAACCAACCUAUUAUCAACCCUAAAUCUCUAAAAUAUGUGAUAUUAAAUCUUCUUAAUGCUCCUACUGCCUUAUUUGCUGCGCUAGCCGAACGUAAACACAGACACAUCCUUGAUUCUGUUCGUGCUUUGCUCAUUUCAUCUUCUUCUCCAAAGCGAUUUUGGGGUAAAGCUACUCUUAUAACUGUUUAUCUCAUUAAUUGGAUUCCAUCAUCGAUCAUCAAUAAUAAGUCUCCAUAUGAAUGUUUGCAUGGUAUUCCUCCUGCCUAUGAUCUUCUUAAGGUGUCAUCUUUUGAUCAACCUCCACUUUUUACUAACCCUUCUAUCGAGCUAUUUCCUAGUGACUCUAAUGCAGAUACAUUUGAUGAGCUCCAUGAUACCUCUCCACAUGCUCCACCUAGUUCUAUCGAAGAUGUUCUGCCUGCUGGUAAUGUAUUAGACAAUGCUGAGUCUUCUUCCCUUACCUCUUCUGUAUCACCUAUUAGAUCUAACCCUGUUGAUCUUGAGCCUAAAAAUGAGAUCCUUAAUCCACCUUCAAGUCAUCCUACUCAGCACCUCGAGCCUAGUUUCCGAAGUUUAGUACCACCAUCAGGAAUUGGUUUUGCUUCUAGUCCUCAUGAUACUGCACUAUUCAUAUGCAAGACUAAUCUUGUUAUGGUUCUACUAUUUCUUUAUGUUGAUGAUAUGAUCAUUAAUGGGGAUGAUAUUUCAGGUAUUCAUGAUCUUAAGCAAUUUCUUAGUCAUAAGUUUGAGAUGAAAAAUCUUAGUGUUUUGAGCUAUUUCUUGGGCCUUGAGGUCACCUUUUCUGAUGAUGGUUAUCUUCUCUCUCAAACAAAAUAUGCCUUUGAUCUUAUAUCUAAAGCUGGAGUCACUGACAGUAAGACUACAUCUACUCCUCUUGAGCCCAAUGUUCGACUUACAUCCAUGGAUGGUUCUCCAUUAGCUGAUCCUACUCAUUACAGACAGUUGGUUGGAAGUUUGCUUUAUCUCAUUACAACACGAUCAGACAUAACUUAUGCAGUUUAUGUUGUUAGUCAGUUUAUGGUUACGCCUUGAUCCACUCACUAUGCAGUAGUACUUCACAUUAUUUGAUAUAUUAAAGGUACCAUGUUUCAUGGACUUCACUUUUCUACUCAUUCAUCUCUUGAACUCCGUGCUUACUCUGAUGCUAAUUGGGUUGAAGACUCUAAUGAUUGUAAAUCCACCAUUGGAUAUUGUCUUUUCCUUGGUGAUUCCUUAAUCUCUUGGCGUAGCAAGAAGUAAACAGUUCCAUCACAU